AUGCCCGUCUCGGUGGAGAGACUGGCCCAGGUGCCAGUGAAAGGCUUGGCUGUCGACUGUGCAGCUCAUGGUGAGCCAUUCUGCAUCAUGUUUUGGCCUGAUAUGAUUCCACCUUCAGAACAUGACAAUAUCGGCUUGGAAGUGAAGGUCUCUGGACUCACAGGACCAAAGGCAGAGCUCAGCUUCUACUAUCAGGUGGCCCCUUUCAGACUCGAGGAUAUGUACAAGAAGAAGACGCUCGAGGCACGGCGCUUCAACGAGAUCAUCUCGAACCCAUGCCUGUGGCCGGGCAGUACGCUUCCGGUGGAGAAGCCAUCAAAGCGACUUCGACGAGCCAGUGAUUUCCUGCAGCAACAAAAGAGUGUGCUGCAGCCCAUGUCCCACCCAAGCAUGGACAUCACGGUGGACGGAGUCGAUCUUGCAGUGACUGUUCGCGCGCCAGUUCAAGCAGUAUCUGCUGAGCUGUACGUGGUUCGCUUUGGUGGCGAUACAGACAUCGUUCCUAGAGCUGCGCAGGCCCAGCGUCUGCCGAACUGGAACUUCCUCAUCCGCGUCAAGAUCCCCCUCCCGCGAGCACGGUACGAGCUUCGGAUCGAACCAGACUCGCUGGAGGACGGGCCAGGCCUGUGCUAUUCUAUUGCCUUCAACGAAUCAACCCGAGCGCCAGCAUUGCUCACCUCCCUGGAUGAGCCUUUGGCGAUGAAGUUUGGAUACGCUCCCAUGACCUCAGCAGGGCAGGUUAACGGAGUUGCCUUGUUCAGCCCUCUGAUGUUUAGAAUACCUGCCGGGACAGCAUAUUUUCUCAUCUGGGUCAACAAGGCUGUUGCCUUGCGUGAGGCUAAGGAGCCCACGAGCUGCAGCCUCACGAGCCUGUUUGCUUCACGCUUGGGGGCUUUGCCGACCGAAAAUGGAGCUCAACUUUCGGCAAACUUGCCGAAGAGUCCAUCCAAGACGACGAAGGAUCGCAGGUCCGUGUUGCAACUUCUUCAAGCUCGCCUCAGUGAUCAACUUGGACCCUACGUCCAGGACUCUGCAGGAGAUGUACACUUGGAUCUGUCCUUCAAGGACGGGAAAUGCUGCAUCCUCAGCUCCAAGAGACGGUUUGCUCUUUCUAACGCUUGGCUGAUUAGUGUUGUGAAAUGCUGCCAGAACUCAUCCAAAAUCUCUAGUGACUCUGGUGAAGAGUCGGUUUGGGUGGGGCAACUCUGCUGCAGAACACACCCUGUCACGCAUUAG